AUGACCCUUGCACGCAAGGAUCUAUUAGAUCAUGUAAUGGUGACGCCAGAGUCGGCAGUGCUACGGGAAUUACCCGAGUGGAAAGUCGCCGAUAUGAAGGCUCUGGCUGUGCUGGUGAAGUUACUCUCACCCACCUAUCAGUGUAUGGUUCGGGAAUGUGAGACAGCCCUUGAGGCUUGGGAGGUAUUGCAGACAUUCUUCGCAAAGAAAAAACCCCACAAUCGGGUGCAACUUCGGAAACAACUAUAUGAAUUUGAGAUGGAAACUGGUACGAGUCUAAUGGACCACCUACUGAAGUUUGAUAAGCUUUCUUUGAAGCUCAGGGCUGCUGGUGACAGCAUGGAUGAUGAUGAGAAGCUAGUACUUCCCUUGGGAAGCUUAUCAUCUAAAUAUGAUGAUAUGGUGCGCAUAAUUGAGGCGCACAGCAACGUGACGCUGUUGGACGCAAAAGAGAUGCUCCGGCGGGAGUAUGACACGCUACAGAAACGUGAUAAGAAGGAAACUGCUUUUAAAGCACACGCACAACCCAAUGUGAAUCGACGCUUUCAAGGAAACCGAGGACACCAUGGCCGUCAGAACGAAAAAGAUCGAAACCAAGCUUUCAGAUGA